AGCAUUUUCUACUAAUUUCUUUCCUCAUUUAUUAAGAGCUUUUGAAUUAAAGAUGGGAACUAUAGUAGCCUUGCUAGCUACUUCCUUUGUUUUGGUUCUUGUUUCAUUUUCAUGGAGGUUAUUAAAUUGGCUUUGGUUAAAGCCUAAGCAUCUGGAAAUGCAAUUGAGGAAGCAAGGGUUUUCUGGAAAUCGUUAUCGCUUGUUGUAUGGAGACAUGAAGGAGAGUUCAAAGAUGGCAAAAGAGGCAAUAUCAAGUCCAAUCGAAAUAUCCGAUGACAUUGUACCUCGUGUUCAACCUUUCACUCAUCAAAUUGUUAAGAAUUUCGGUAAGAAUUCUUUUGUAUGGUUUGGACCUGUACCAUGUGUGAAUAUCAUGGAACCUCAGAUGAUAAAAGAAGUUAAUGAGUAUGAGGAGUUUCAGAAGCCAAAUAUAAACCCUAUUCUCAAAAUGUUUGUGAAAGGGCUUGUUGUAUAUGAAGGUCAAAAAUGGGCUAAACACAGACAGAUCCUCAACCCUGCUUUUCAUAUGGAGAAGUUAAAGGACCUUCUUGGAAAAUUUUAUGUAAGCUGUGAUGAUAUGAUCAGCAAAUGGGAAGAAAUGGUGUCAACCACCGGAUCGUGCGAGUUAGAUGUUUGGCCAUGCCUUGAUAACUUAUCCAGUGAUGUCAUCUCAAGGGCGGCAUUUGGUAGUAGUUAUGAAGAAGGGAAGAAGAUAUUUAAGCUCCAAAAAGAGCAAAGUACAAUGGCGAUGAAAUUGAUUCAGCAAGUCUACAUUCCUGGACUGAGGUUUUUGCCAACUAAGACGAACAAGAGGAUGAAGGAGAUCAAUAAGGAAAUGCGAGUUUUGAUGAAUAACAUCAUCACUAAAAGAGAGAACCAAAUGAAGAUGGGAGAAACUUGCAACGAUGAUUUGUUGGGGAUUUUGUUGGAAUCUAGUUUGAAAGAAGCCCAAGAACAAGGAUACAUGAAGAAUGCUGGUCUAACAAUUGAAGAGAUAGUUGAAGAGUGUAAAUUAUUUUACCUUGCAGGAAGAGAUACAACUUCGGUCUUGCUUGUGUGGUUGAUGGUUCGAUUGGGCAAGCAUUUGGAUUGGCAAGCUCGUGCUAGAGAGGAAGUUUUACACGUUUUUGGUCAGAACAAACCAGAUUACAACGGAUUGAACAACUUGAAAAUUGUGACAAUGAUAGUAAACGAGGUCCUGAGAUUAUAUCCUCCCGUAAUUCUGAUGUAUCGUAUGAUCCACAAACCAACCAAAAUCGGGGACAUUUUGCUGCCACCAGGUGUACAAAUCUCAGUACCAACCAUGCUAGUUCAUAAUGAUCCUACACUAUGGGGUGAGGAUGCCACUGAGUUCAACCCCGAGAGAUUUUCCGAAGGUAUAGCUAAGGCAACCAACAGCCAAGUUAUAUACACGCCUUUCGGUUGGGGUCCAAGAAUAUGUAUUGGGCAGAACUUUGCCAUGCUUGAAGUUAAGAUGGCUUUGGCAAUGAUCUUACAACGUUACUCAUUCGAGUUGUCGCCAUCUUACUCUCAUGCGCCAUUCCUCGUCAUGAACCUUCAACCCCAACAUGGCGUUCCCAUGAUCUUGCGAAAAAUAUAAAAUCUAUCAGACAAUGACAAAUAUGUGUGAAAAUAAGUACUUGUAUAAUGUGUACUACUUUUAAUUUACCAGUUCAUGUAACCGUGUGCUCGUGAUGCUUGCCAUUUCAGA